AUGGCAGGCAAUGCUUUGAAAAGACUCAUGGCAGAGUACAAACAAUUAACAGUCAAUCCACCAGAGGGGAUUGUUGCUGGACCAGUGGAUGAAAGGAAUUUUUUUGAGUGGGAAGCAUUAAUUGCUGGACCAGAGGGUACUCCAUUUGAAGGUGGUGUUUUUGCUGUACGUUUGAACUUCCCAUCAGAUUACCCUUUGUCUCCACCAAAAAUGCAAUUUCUAACUGAAGUGUUCCAUCCAAAUAUCUAUCCAGAUGGACGCGUGUGCAUUUCCAUACUUCAUGCUCCUGGUGAUGAUCCAAUGGGUUAUGAAAGUUCCGUUGAACGUUGGAGUCCAGUUCAAUCAGUCGAAAAAAUUUUAUUAUCUGUUGUUAGUAUGCUUGCAGAACCGAAUGAUGAGAGUGCGGCUAAUGUGGAUGCAGCAAAAACAUGGCGUGAAGAUAAAGCGCGUUUCAAUAGUCUAGCACUUCGAAGUGUACGUAUUAGUUUGGGAGAAUUAUCAGAUAACGUCAAAGUCGGUAUUUCUGAAUAUGUGUUUGCCUAUAAACAGCAACUUUUCAAAAAGAAGGAAAUGAUCUUAGAGGUUCUAAGUUUAGUUGCGAGUUUGCCUUUUCAUCUAGAAGCUCUUGAGUGCUAUAUUUGUACAAAUGAGGAGGGAAACUGGAAUGACUGUAUUAGAACUAUCCAAACUUGCGAACCUUUACAAGAUACCUGCCAGUCUAUUGUUCAGUAUCGAACUCCUUCUUUCUGGACAGUUCUCGCUGAGAGAAGGGCAUUUGUUACAAAAGGCUGCACAACAACAUCUGCUUGUCAAAUGACAUCGUCUGUCAUCUCAGAGCGUUGUUCCAGAUCAAAAACCCGUGACUGGAUUUGUUCUUACUGCUGUAACAGUGAUCGAUGCAAUUACUAUGUGCCUGGAGGCGCACUACGAGUAUGGAGUCCUCAUACUUAUACAACAUUUUUCAUCAUCUCAGUUGAAAUAACUGUGGAAACAUUUCACGUCGGAAAAUCGUUCUGUUGUUGA